AGAAAAGGAUAAACCAUUAAACCCUGGAGUGGGGAAAUGGCAACGCUUCAUCUCCUUCCCCAUCCCCAUUCUCACUCUUUUCCCCUUCACUCGCACGCCAACCUCAAUUUCUCCUCCAACUACCCCAUUUUCACUCUCUUAACUCAAACUUGUCACAAAUUGCCACCCCCCAGAUGCUCCACUACCGACGACGCCCCCUCCACCACUACCCCCCGCCGCCGAGGCCGGAAAAAGUCCACCUCUUCACCAACAUCGGCCCCGAAAAGAUCAAAGCGCCCCACUAAAAGAGCUGAACCAUCAAAUUCCCAGAAUGAAGCUGUAAUAUUUAAAGAAAGCGACCAUGUCGAGGAGCUCUUUGAUUUCGACGACGGUAUCGAAUUUCCGUACGAAGACCCGCCUUUAGUGUGCUGCUUCGGGGCUGUUCAGAAGGAGUUUUUGCCUACAGUGAGAGUAGCGCCGGAGCAGAUGCACCCAGAUAUUUACUCUCAGUGGAAAAUGCUUCAGUGGAAUCCGCCGGAGUUCGUGCGAGCUCCCGGUGGCCCACCUUCCAAUGUGGCGAUUUCCCACGUGAGGCUUGGUGGGCGGGCGGCAUUUAUUGGGAAAGUUGGGAAUGAUGAGUUUGGUGAGGAAUUGGUGUUGAUGAUGAAUAAGGAGAAGGUGCAAACACGGGGGGUGAAGUUUGACGAUUAUGUCCGAACUGCGUGCAGUUAUAUGAAGAUUAACCUCGGGGAUGGGAAAAUGUGGGCGGAGAAGGUUAAGGAAUGUGCAGAGGAUUCUAUGCUUGGGUCUGAGUUGAAUCUCUCUGUCCUCAAAGAGGCCAGAAUUUUUCACUUUAAUUCUGAAGUUCUGACAUCAACUUCUAUGCGUUCAACUCUUUUCAAAGCUCUUGCAUGGUCUAAAAAGUUUGGUGGUCUUGUAUUUUUUGACUUGAACCUACCAUUGCCAUUAUGGAAAUCACGUGAUGAGACGAGGGAAGUGAUCAAGGAAGCCUGGGAACAAGCAGACAUCAUUGAGGUCACAAAGCAAGAAUUAGAAUUUCUUUUAGAUGAAGAAUAUUACGAAAGAAGAAGAAACUAUAGGCCUCAAUAUUAUGCUGAGAGUUAUGAGCAAACCAAGAACCGAAGAGAUUAUUAUCACUAUGCUCGUGAGGAAAUCUUGCCACUGUGGCAUGAUCAGCUAAAAUUCUUGUUUGUCACAGAUGGAACACUUCGAAUACACUAUUACUCCCCCUCUUUUGAUGGUGUGGUGGUCGGCACCGAAGAUGUACUCAUAACACCAUUUACGUGUGAUAGGACCGGUUCUGGUGAUGCUGUUGUGGCUGGAAUCAUGCGGAAGCUGACCACACAACCUGAAAUGUUUGACAAUCAAGAUCUGUUAGAGAGGCAACUUCGGUUUGCGAUUGCAGCAGGGAUAAUAUCACAGUGGACGAUAGGUGCUGUACGAGGUUUUCCCACGGAAAGUGCUGCACAGAAUCUAAAAGAACAGGUGUAUGUACCAUCAAUGUGGUAGGUUGAACAGAAGCCAAAUCUUAAGACAUAAUACCAAUGCUGUUAGUUUCAUAUGAUUAUUUGGCAUUCUUCUAUACUAAAGUAUUGAUGAAUACGGAUGAAGGUGAUUACCGGGGGCAAUGCUUCUGACGCCUUCAUGUAGAUGUUCGGGGCUUAUACUUUUCUGUGUACUUUUUAUUCUGUGAUUCGCAGGCAGUUGUAGAUUAUGUUGAGCAUCUUGUAAAACUAGUAUCCAGAAUAAUAAUUGUUAUACGAAGUACUCUCUUCCUCUGUC